CCGAAACUAGCUGCAACUUGCUUCCACCCGGAUACCGCGGGUUUCGUUUCCUUUGCUGUGCGCUAUAAUUUUUCUGAGGUGACACUCCAAGGAAUGGGUCGGCACAUGAACCCUAUGGAUUUGAUGCGAGUUAACUUGAACAUCCGAACUUCUUCUUCUGAAUGUGCCGCGUGCGACCAACUGGAGAGCUGCCGUCACUACGGAGAAGCCUUCACGCAAGAUCAGCUCAAGAGGACAAGUGAAAGCUUGUUCGGAACAAAGCUGUUAGUUUUUGGCAGCAGCACUGAUCGCUUUCAAGCAUUCCGGUUCUCUGAGUUAUUUGGGACAUUAUCUUGAACCUUAGUUACUAGGCAUGGUGCUAGUACGCCACUCCAGGGCUCGAUGGCGACUGUUCUGGCUGCUGGCGUCGUGCGUGUUCGUCUACGCGUUGUUCCUUCUUUCUUUUCACAUAGAACCGGCGUCGGAAGCCUUCCACGAGUUUCACAAGUGCCCCGCCUGCUUCGGCGACGGUCUCUGCCCGCACAUGCGAGACGUGAAGUUGACCGGCUGGUACAGUCGUAGCGCGCUGCGCUUUUUCAACGUCAAGAACGUCUUCAUGGCGGAGCUGAACGGAACGCGCGUGGUAGUCAAGAAACUGGCACACGACGACGAGUUCCGCCAAGUGGAUCGUCGAUGGUGCCGCAGUCGUCGGUGUAACGUCGCCAACGUGGUUCGCAAUACCGUGGACAGCGGCAAAACCCACGAAGUGGCGUUGAUGAAACACAUGUCCGCUGUCAGAAAGGAGCAAGACAUGACGGCGUGCCCUUCUUCGCGCUUGAUUCGCCGAAUGCUGAUGAUGCUUUCGUACAAGCCAGCCAUGAUCGCACACCGCCAAGGCGCACUGAGAACGGCCGAUGUGUUUGCUUAUACCGUCACCGUCAAUGCCGAGCCGCUGCUUUUGCAGACAUUUCCACGCAUGGAUGACUGGCCAUUCCCGACAUUGCUGGGCAGCUGCGGUCGCACAGUGGUGGAGACGUAUGAGGGAGAGCCUCUCUCACACUUUGAGCUGGCCAGCUGGACUGUGCGAGCCAACAUCUCUCUGCAGCUGCUCGACAUGGCCGAUUUGAUGACCGAAAACCCAACUCAGUAUGCACUGUAUAUGACUGAUGUGAGCAUGGACAACUUUGCUGUCAACGAUCUAGGCGAAGUGAGGCUUGUCGACUUGGAAAAUAUAGUUGUGGUCGACCGCAUGCAGGUUCGGGCAGAAAGGCGGCCAGGUUGGAAGCAGUGGCUCGAACACCGGGAGGAGAUGUGCCACGACUGCCUCAGCUUCAAUGCAGAGGACCUGUGCUCACAUGAAACGAGUGACCACAACUUCUAUGCUGUAUGCAGUGGUUUGCUUGCACCCCGCGCCUUCUACUCGUCCUACGGGGGCCUGAUGCAUGAUAUUCCAAAGAACGUCGACGAGCAGUAUGGGCUGUCCAAGCUGCUAGCCAUCUGUGACCAGCCAAGCAAUGCCAAAGAGAACCGCUUCGCAGCCUCCCGCCUGCUGCGCAGAGCACUGGACAGAGUGCUGCGGGCUUCUGCUACAACAAGCCAUGACAGGUCCUUGUAGGGAACCUCAUUGUUGUACUGUAGUACUGCAAGUUGCCACAACUACCCAUCUGCAUUUUUUUUACUCUACCCAGAGCAGAACUGUACGUUUUGCAACUGUGAUACCAUGCAUUUUAUGUGGUGACACAAACCUUUAAAAAUUAACUGAUUGCA